AGCCGAAGCUCUGGCCCUCGAGGACGCAGCUGUUUCGAUACCCCGGCGAAUCCAGCAUACCCUCACUGCGGAACACGGAAGCGUUCAGCGCAAGUUUUCAUUAUUUCACGACGCAGACCCGGACCAGAUCCGUCAAGCGACUUGGUCCGGAUGCGGCGGCCGCGGGCCCUGGGCGCUGGUGGGCACAGGGCGGUGCCCGGUGGCGCGCGAUCGUCUGCAGGGCAGAGCUCCCAGGCGAGAGCGCGCGGUGGCGCCAUGGCGGGCAUGGCCGACUGGAGGCCGGCCGCUGUCGCAGUGGGCUUGCUGGUGCGGUACCUCGCGGACGACCUGCACCACGUGAGGCCGGUGUGCCAUGCCGAGGGCCGCCUGCGCCACGCCGGGGCGUCGGCGGACCCCGGCCUCGGCCUCCACGAGGAGAUCCACACGGGCCCAGGGUUGUGGCGCCGCGGGAGGGCAGCCGCCCGGCUGGGGCGCUGGGCCUCUUCGGCGGGGUGCGCAGGACG